GUCAAAGCAGGGAAGUUUGGCAGUUGGUGUUUCUUUAUAGCAGAAGCUGCAAGUGUUGAAUUCCAAUCCCCAGAUCUUAGAUACACUCAGAGAAACCAUGCCAAUUACAGGUAUUGGCAGCUUGAUCUUCAUGAAUAAAAGAAGAUCAGUAAUGAAAAUAUUGCCCCAAAGCGUGACAAAACUUUGGAAUGAAUGGGAAGUCCGGGUAUUGGUUUUAAUUAGCCUCUUCUUACAGAUUGUGCUCAUACUGUUAGGCAAUCGGAGGAAGUAUAUACCUUCAAAGUGGAUCAGAGUCAUCCUUUGGCUUACUUACUUAGCUGCAGAUUGGAUUGCAGCAGUUUGUAUUGGCGUCCUCUCCAACAGCCAAGGAGAUUCUGAAGACGACUCAUUGCAACAAACCAAUAUCAUAAGGGCAUUUUGGGCACCGUUUCUACUGCUUCACCUUGGCGGCCCGGACACCAUUACAGCCUACUCAAUGGAAGAUAAUGAAUUAUGGUUAAGACACUUGCUGGGGCUAGUCGUCCAGUUUGGAGGGGCAUUUUAUGUCUUUCUUAGGUCUUGGGAGGGCAUGCCCCUUAAUAUUCUGGCCAUCCCAAUGUUCGUGGCUGGACUCAUCAAGUAUGGGGAGAGGACCUGGGCUCUAAGGUCUGCAAGCAGCAGUCAGUUUAGGGAGGCCAUGCUCCCUCGUCCUGACCCUGGGCCUAAUUAUGCCAAAAUCCUCGGCGAGUUUACUCUGCAAAAGUCCCAGGGAUUUAAUGUUUCAUUCGAACCAGUGGCUGAGCCUUCUACCAAAGUGAAUUGCUUGGAUCCAGAUGAAGAAAUUCUCCAAGUUGGUUAUGCCUUGUUCAUGACUUUCAAGCGAUUAUUUGCAGAUCUCAUUCUCACUUUCCAAGAUCGCAAGGACAGCCAAUCGUUCUUCCACAAUACAACUUGGGAGAAAGCUUUUGUAGUGAUUGAAGUUGAGCUUGGAUUCAUGUAUGAUGUGCUCUAUACAAAGGCAAGUGUGACUUAUUGUAGAUGGGGCCACCUACUCCGCGCAGUGAGUUUAUCUUUCACAGUCUCAACAUCCAUAGCCUUCUUGCUCAUUAACAAGCAAGAGUACGCGACCAUUGAUUUGAUUAUAACAUUAUUGUUGCUGGUUGGUGCAAUUGUUCUAGAGAUGUAUGCCAUUAUUAUACUACUUUCCUCCGAUUGGACCAUGCUCUGGUUGAGUAAGCACAAAAAACCCCUCAAGGAUAGGGUUAAGAUGGAUCGAGCAAACAAGAGAUGGUCUAAUUCCAUGGCACAAUACAAUCUACUAAGUCUCUGCCUCAAAGAGAAGCCAAUCAAGUAUCUUGGACCAGUCCAGAGAUUGCCUUACAUUUGUGAAAUGUUGAAGAAGUAUCGCCUUGGUCAACAUGAAGGAAUUCUCUGGAGAUUCUCUCGUGUUUAUGAAAUGUUGGAGGAGCAUAGCUACAAGACUUCUGUGACUGUUUCCACUGAUUUGGAAAUAUUGAAUGAUUUGAAAGAAUUUAUCUUUGAACACCUUUCAGAUAAAUCAAAUAGUGCUAAGGAACAAUCAGAUGCCAAUGCAAUUUAUAAGCAAUUAUGUGCAGGUAGGGGGGAUCUGGUACUCAAGAAAGAGAAAUAUAAUUGUCAUAGUAUCCUUGGCUGGAGCGUUGAGGAAGACUUCGAACAGAGCAUUCUUCUCUGGCACAUUGCCACUGAUCUCUUGUAUCAUACCGAUAAUCAAGACCAAAAUCCAAGCUUGGAUAAAUGUCCAGAUUAUAAAGCUAUGUGCAAGUUGGUGUCAGACUACAUGUUGUAUCUUUUGGUCAUGCGCCCUUCCAUGCUUCCUGAUGGAAUUGGACAUAUGAGAUUUCGAGACAGCCGCGCUGAGGGCAUUCAGUUUUUUAAGGACAAAGCCAUCAUAGAAGGAAGAACCGAGGCUUGCCAAAAGUUACUUGAGGUGAACACUGAAGUUCCACCUCUGCAAGUGGAAGGAGAUAAAAGCAAGUCCAUGCUAUUCGAAGCCUGCAGGCUGGCUAAGUCUCUGCAAUCCCUGGAGAUAACUGAGAAAGAGAAAUGGGAGAUGAUGUGUGAUGUGUGGGUGGAGAUGCUGUGUUAUGCUGCAAGCCAGUGUGGAUGGAAUCAGCACGCCAAGCAGCUGAGGCGAGGAGGAGAGCUGCUCACCCAUGUGUGGCUUCUCAUGGCCCAUUUUGGUAUAAGUGAACAUUUCAAGAUUUCACAAGGCCACGCAAGGUCUGUGGUGGUUGUGACUUAGGAAUACUUGAUAGCUCUGGGACCCUUGUUGUGCUUCAACUUUUAAUUUAGCAAUUUUUAUUUUAAUGGUUUCUGGCAGUUUGUACUUGUUUGGAAACAUUUUCGAAAACCAUUAUGAAAAACACUUUA